GGCUUUGUGUAACUGUAUUAAUACGCAUAUUAUAAUAUGAUUCACAUCCUUAAUAUAACCUUUUCAUACUUAAACGUGAGAGUUUGACAGGAGUAGCUGUAGGGGAUAAUUAAGUAACAUAGCUUCAGAGGUGCCGGUAAGGGACAUAAAUCCAACUCGUAUGUUUUCUUGUUCACUUAAUGUGCAAAACAAAACGAUCAAAAAAGAUGUAUAAUUCAAUAAUAAACGACCAACCUCCACCACCUAAAGACUGACAGUUUUCAGAGAAAGUAAGACCUGCAAGUACAGCGACGCAUUGGUCGUAGACAAUAAGGGACGCUGUUGAAAUAAAAGAUUACGAGGGCUUUGGUGGUACUAGCUAGAAGAUGUCUGGGACAACCUGCGGGGGAGGUCAUCACCAUUUUUCUUAUAUGCAUCCAUUUUGUCAGGGACAUUUUUUGAGGAUACAAUUUCUAUACGCAAACAAUCUAUUUCAAGAUGUAUUUCAUUUGUUGCAUUUUUAACGCCUAUAAAUUCAGAUGCAAUGUUUAUAAAACCUGUAUUUUCACUGGGCGAGUCGUUCUGUGCGAGCGCAGCGACGUGUGUAUGUGUCGAUGGGGGAGGGGAGCCGCUCAGGGGAGGGGGCACAGAAAAAAAGGCUGGGAUGUGAAUUCUCAUAUGAGACGAGGGGAAACAGGAAGAUCUCGGCUCGGCGGAGCGACGCGCAGCCGACUGUCGGCUUUUCAGCUGGCGCCCUCAGCUCCACUCGCCGACUCUGGCAUGCGGUGAAAAUGCAUUGCCGUCGUCCCUCAGAGGAAAAAUACAAGAAGCAGCGACACCCCCUCCCUUUAAACAAAGACGCGCCCGUCCGUGGAUGAAGACGACAUGGAGAGGGUAGCGGAGCAGCCGUGGAAUUCGUCCUACACCUACCAGGUGAGCAAGCACAGCGCCGAGAUGCUGCACAACCUCAACGCGCAGAGAAAAGAUGGAGGCCGCUUCUGCGACGUGGUGCUGCGCGUCGGCGAGGAGAGCUUCCCGGCGCACAGGGCGGUGCUGGCGGCCUGCAGCGAGUACUUCGAGUCUGUAUUCAGCUGCCAGGCGGAGGACGGCGAGACCAAGGAGCUGGAGAUGCACACCAUCAGCCCCAAAGUUUUUAAGGACAUCCUGGACUUCGCGUACACCUCCAGGAUCGUGGUGCGCCUGGAGUGUUUCCCCGAGCUGAUGACUGCCGCCAAGUUCCUGCUGAUGCGCUCGGUCAUCGAGAUUUGCCAGGAGGUGAUCAAGCAGUCCAACGUGCAGAUCCUGGUCCCGCCUACGCGGGGGGACCUCAGCCUGUUCCGCACGGCGCCGGCCGCCGAUCUGGGUUACCCCGUUCCCCUGGACAUGUCCAACGGCGCGGCACUGCUGGCCAACGGCUCCGCCUUCGGGAGCAACGGGCAGACCCACGACGUGGAUGGCGCCCAUGCUCCCGGGUCGGUGCUGUCUGGCGGCGGCUCCCAAUCUGCCCUGUCGGCGCUACACGCCGUCGACAGGCCGCCGGGGACGCAGGCGGAGCUAGCCGGGAACCCGUUUCAGGGUACCGUUAAGCGAGGCAGAGGACGGCCGAAGAAGGUGCCGACCAUGGAGCCGGUGCUGUUCAACCACACCGCGCACAAGGAACACGGCGUUUACCCCUGCGGCGUGUGCGGGAAGGUGUUCACCGAGGCCGUGCGCUUGCGGAACCACGAAGCGCAGCACGCUGCGUCCAGCGCCGCCGGGAACGCGGCGUCGGCGGCCGUGGGCGUGGGCGGCCCCGGGCUGCUGGCCCACCCCCAGCCCGGGCUGCUGGAGAACGGCGUGGUGCUGCACGUUGCCGCCGACGGCGGCCGCAAGCGGGAGCGGACGAGGCGCCACGUCGGCUGCGACAUAUGCGGGAAGGUGUUUCGGGACGUAUAUCACCUGAACCGCCACAAGCUGUCACACUCCGGCGAGAAGCCGUACGCCUGUCCAGUGUGCGGGCUGCGCUUCAAGCGCAAGGACAGGAUGUCCUACCAUGUGCGCUCCCACGACGGCUCGGUGGGAAAGCCGUACGUCUGCCACAGCUGCGGGAAGGGCUUUUCCAGACCAGAUCAUCUGAACGGACACAUAAAACAGGUCCACACGUCAGAGAGACCCCACAAGUGCCAGGUGAGUACAUCAGGCGGUGGGGUCGCGACCUGUCCGGAGCCUCUGAAGAUAUGCAACGCCUCCUUUGCCACGCGAGACCGGCUGCGGUCCCACCUGGCCUGUCACGAAGACAAGAUCCCCUGUCAGGUGUGUGGGAAGUUCCUGCGGGCUGCUUACAUGACGGACCACCUGAAAAAACACAGCGAGGGGCCUCACAACUACUGUGCCAUAUGCAACAAAGGUUUCUCCACCGCCUCCUACCUUAAGGUGCACGUAAAAACGCACCACGGCACUCCUCUGCUCCCUGCUGCCACUGCGCACCCCUUCCCCGAGCCCCGCGAGUCUCAGACGCACAAUGGCGCCCCCUACCACUCGGGACGCCCGUGCGCAGUGGAAGACCUGUGUACCAGUCGGCGGCUGCUGGUCGCAUUCCCCGAGGCGGAGGGCCGUUUCCGCGGGCUGGCCGGGCCCCCGGUGCUGCCCCCGCCCUGCCCCCCCAGUCUUAGCUUACAGCCCGAGCUCCUCCUGGGCAAGCCUGGGGGAGCUCCCUAUUUCUGGGAGUGCCGUGCUGCUGGGGCGCCAGGCUUUCCCCCGCAAGGGCCGCCUGCAGACGGGCAGGAAGAUGUCAGCAAGUGUCCUCACCAGGACUCCGGGAGCUCAGAUACCUCCUUUGGAGAGCUCUCCGACGUCGGGGAGCUUAAGUCUCAGCGUAAAGGGCCAGAUGCUGGCCUGAGCGGGUUCCCCUGCCCCGGGGGGGGCGCCGGGUCCACGGGCGGGGGCGGCAAAGCCAAAGCGGACUCUGAAAAGAAGCACCCAUGCAGCGACUGCGGCCAGGCCUUCCGCUCAAAGUCCUACCUCAACAAGCACCUGCAGCGGGUACACGGCGGAGCUCAGAAAGGGCUUCCGGGGGCGGGGGCCACCCUCGGAGAUCUGCCCCCCUCACUGGGGUCUCCCUUUUCUCCUCAGCAGAACAUGUCCCUUCUGGAGUCUUUUGGCUUUCAGAUUGUACAAUCGGCCUUCGCCUCCUCCCUGGCUGAUACAGAAGCUGGUCAUAGCAGCAUGGGGAUGGGGGGCAAAUGAACUCGGGUCAGCCUGUGCCCCCCCCACCACCGCAUGGGUUGGUGUUGGGAGUUGCAAGGGGCAGGCGGUCCAGCAAUUAGGCUGAUUGAGGAGAGCCCAGCUCUCGACCACUUUUACCUGCCCAGAAUCUUUAUUUUGUUGGGUUUUAUAAGUGUGUUGAUCGCAAACUACCCACUUUUGGGCCAGUUUGUAUGAGAAGUGUACAUAAAUAUUCAUAUAUUGGCUUUUAUUAAUUUUGAACAGAUGGUAUCAUCUUUUUAACAAGCUCCCCCUUGAUACCAUGAAGAUGUGAUUUUUAGUGACAUAACAGGUCCCCCCUCCCCGUCGGUCCGUCCGUCCUGAGCAUACAUGCAGUGUUCAGUCACACUUCCACACACAGUGUCCGUUUUGGUCCUGUGGAUCCUCGUUCUGUCAGAGUGACAACAUGGCGGGGAGCAUCAGGCCUCAACCCCACACACAGCGAGCGUCGGUCAGUGGAAAUGCUAAUCCUAAUUGUCAUGUAAGUGUUUAGUGUCACACAGAACAGGGACUCGGUCGUGGGAGCUUGGGACGUCCCGUGUGGCUGCCGUGGCGGUGUGGUUUGAGGUGUCUGCUGCCAUAGUCACUGCUGGAUCGCGACUCCAACCCCAACCGGCGCCUGUUCUGAAAACACAAAGGAAUCACUUCCAGAUGCUCGAUCGGUCUGCAUGCUCUGCUGGGAGGGUCCAUCAAGUCCAUCAGUCCCCAUCUCUAUAGCACUUCUUGGUCUCCAAAUCGAGUGACGUGACUGUGCCGAUCAACCGUGCUGGUAAACUCUCAGCUCUGCACCUUAUGGCAAAGGCCCGGUGUUACGAUGACAUCACACCGUGAUGACAGACAGGAGGAGGAGGACAGACUGCAGCUGGAGGGGGGCAUGUGGAGGCCAUCUUGGGGGUUCAGGGUGUUUAAUUCAAGCUGUUCUUAUGAAGCUGGAGAGUGGAGGUUGGAGCCCAGAAUGUCUAUCAGCUCAUUAACGUGAUUUUGCACCUUGGAUUUGUCAUGGUUUGGUAACAGGCGUGUUAUUGGACGCUGUAAAUGUUUCCUCAUCCCUCAUGUCCUGUGUUUGAGAGAGGGAGUGAGGGAGAGCCACUAACGUAUGCCUCCAGAAUGUAACUAAGCCAGACUCUGUUAGUACUUUAUUUGAAAAAUAAGUUCAUUCUAUUAACGUGUACAUUCCGUAAUUUAUAAGAUUUUACUGUUCUGAUUGUCAUAUGCAUACACACGUGUCUGUGUAUGUAUAUAAGAUGCAUAUAUGUCUGUGUAUAUUUAUAUGUUUGUGUGUGUGUGUGUGUGUGUGUGUGAGAGAGAGAGAGAGCGAUGUGUAUUCUGUAAAUAAAUGCCGCUAUUGCUCUGUACCUA